AUGGAUUUUAUUACCAAUCUCCCUGAAUUAAACAAAUUCAACUUACUUCACAUGGUAACCAACAGAUUUACCAAAAUAGUAGUAAUUAUACUAUGCUUGAAAACCAUUGACACAGAUGGAAUAGCCAAAAUCCUACUUGAGAAUACCUAG